AUGGUGGCCCCUACGGAGAUAGUGACAAGCUCCAAAAAGAGAAAGAAUUUCAAAGAAGGCGGCAUCCCGUCUUCGAAACGCCGUGCAGUGGCAGAAACUGAAGACACAGAUGCGAUGGCCAAAAUCCAGCAACUAGAAGACCAAAUAUCAGAGUCGCGGAAGUACUACAACAACAUCGCAAUACUGAUCUCCAUGCUCAAUGUCGAUGUGAAGGGCACAAAACCAAAUUUGGCCGUAGCAGUGUCCCUCUGCCGGGUCUUCGGCAGGCUGAUGGCUGGUGGCGAUCUAUCGGAGACAAACCGGGCUGCGGAGAAUGAAAAGAUCGUUGUGGCUUGGCUGAAGGAACGUCUUCGUGAGUAUCAGAGGGCUUUGAUCGCUAUUAUGCGUGAAAGCGAUCCUUCUUCUCAGAUCACGGCCUUGACGUUAUGUAUGCGCCUCAUCCAUGAACGUGCAGCACACCUCCCCGGCGAUGAUACCCAGGUCUGGACUUCAGGUCUAUUUAAAUCCGUUGUCGAAGCUGUCGUCGAGGCUAGAAAUGGACAGGCACUACAGUGCGAGUUUAUCGACAAGUUCGCGAAAGAAUAUGAAGAUGUGAGAUACCACAUGUUCUCGCAACUUUCUGACUAUGCGGGAACUGGAAGAGAUACGGAACUUAUCGAAGUCCUGAUUUCCAUGCUAUCGGCGUGUGACACGAUUCCAACCGCUGAACAGAAACUGGAAAAGUUCUACACCAAAACCAGCAAGAAGAACAAGAAGAUGACUUCGGUCAAUUCACACAAGAAGCAGGCACAAGAUGCAUGGCUGGCAGUUCUCCGAGGCGGCCUCUCCGAAUCACAACGAAAAACUCUUCUCCGUAUCAUGGUCCACUCCAUCGAGCCCUGGUUCAAUCGACCAGAACUGCUCAUGGAUUUUCUGACAGACUCCUACAACGUCGGAGGUGCGACAUCUCUUCUCGCCCUCUCCGGUCUCUUCUACUUGAUCCAGGAGAAGAACCUCGACUAUCCUCAAUUUUAUCCCAAGCUGUAUUCCCUCCUCGAUGCCAACCUGUUGCACUCGAAACAUCGCUCCCGAUUCUUCCGCCUGAUGAACACGUUCCUCGCCUCCACCCAUCUUCCUGCCUCGCUCGUGGCAAGUUUCAUCAAACGUCUCGCUCGUCUCGCGCUGAAUGCACCGCCCACUGCAAUUGUCGCCAUGGUACCCUUCAUGUACAACCUCCUGAAAAGCCACCCUACCUGUACAUUGAUGCUUCAUCGCGUCAUCAACAACAAGGACACCAAAGCCGAGCUGGAGGCUGAGGGAAUGGAUGACCCAUUCGACCCUGAGGAGCCCGAUCCCACCCGCUCAGAUGCCAUUGAGAGCAGUCUUUGGGAAAUCCACUCGCUUCAGUCCCAUUAUCAUCCCAAUGUGGCUGCUAUCGCGCGGAUCCUCGCGGAGCAGUUCACGAAACAAAUGUACAAUUUGGACGAUUUUCUGGAUUACACCUACCUGGGAAUGUUGCAGGCAGAGCUAGGGACCGAAGAUAAACCGUUGAAGAGGAUUCCAGUUGUAGAGUACCAAAUACCCAAGCGAAUAUUCACCGACCGUUUGUUGGAAGAGGAUGGAGGCCAAGACACGGCUCCUGGACAUUUCAUAAGAAGUCUGUGGGAGUUUUCUUGA